GUGUUUAAGGUAAGUGAAAAGAGAAAUAAUAACAAUAAAGAUUAUUUAAAGAGAUGAAUAAUAUUAAUAGACAUGUUGUAAUAAAAGAAUAUACUAAUAAUAAAUAAGAGAAGAAGAAUGAUCAUUGUUCCCUCUGUCUCAGGUGGACAGGUCGAGGAGGAAGCUCCCCCUCCCGCCCCCUGAUGAUGACGAAGGUCAGGAGCUGCUGUGUGUCGUCGCCAUGUACGACUUCACCGCCAAGGAGGACACUGACCUCACACUCAAACAGGGAGAGGAGUACACCAUCCUGCACAAACAGGACCAGCUGUGGUGGAGAGCGCAGGACAAACACGGGAACAAAGGCUUCAUCCCCAGCAACUACGUGACGGAGAGAAACAGAAUCGAGGCAAACUCCUGGUACUGCAAGAACAUCACCAGGACAGAAGCUGAGCAGCUGCUGAGGCAGGAGGACAAAGAGGGCGGCUUCGUGGUGCGGGAGUCGAGUCAGAAGGGAGUGUACACCGUCUCCGUCUACACCAAAGCAUUAAGUGAUAACGGGGAUAUUCGGCAUUACCAGAUCAAAAUAAGUGACAGCGGAGAGUUUUUCUUGGCUGAAAAACACACGUUCAGCUCCAUACCUGAUGUGAUACACUACCACGAACACAAUGCAGCAGGUUUACUCACCAGGUUACGGUAUGCAGUGGGUCCAAUGGGAAGGUGUGUCCCGGCCACAGCAGGAUUCAGCUCAGAGAAGUGGGAGAUCAACCCCAGUGAGUUGACCUUCAUGAAGGAGCUGGGCAGCGGGCAGUUCGGGCUGGUGAGGCUCGGCAAGUGGAGGGCUCAGCACAGAGUCGCCAUCAAGGCCAUCAGAGAGGGAGCCAUGUACGAGGAGGACUUCAUCGAGGAGGCCAAAGUCAUGAUGAGGCUGUGCCACCCUAAGCUGGUGCAGCUGUACGGCGUCUGCUUGCAGCAGCGCCCCCUGCUGAUCGUGGCCGAGUUCAUGGAGCACGGCUGCCUGCUGAACUUCCUGCGGCAGCGAGGUCGCGCUCUGAGGGAGGCGUGGCUCCUGUCCAUGUGCCAGGACGUCUGUGAGGGGAUGGAGUACCUGGAGGCACAAAGCUUCAUCCACAGAGACCUGGCAGCCAGGAACUGUCUGGUUAAUGAGCAGAAUGUGGUGAAAGUCUGCGACUUUGGAAUGACCAGGUACGUUCUGGACAACCAGUACACAAGCUCCAGUGGAGCCAAGUUCCCCGUGAAGUGGUCUCCUCCUGAAGUUCUGCACUACAGUAAAUACAGCAGCCGGUCCGACGUCUGGUCCUUCGGUGUGGUGAUGUGGGAGAUCUACUCGGAGGGUCGGACUCCGUUUGAAAACCGCUCCAACUUGGACGUGGUAAACGAAAUCACCAGAGGAGUCCGGCUGUACCGACCGCACCGAGUCUCACAGCCGCUCUACGCCAUCAUGUACCGCUGCUGGCACGAGAAGCCUCAGGGUCGACCGUCUUUCUCAGAGCUACUGGAAGAAAUCAGGAAACUAGCAGAAACCCCGGAUUAACACACACACACACACACACACACACACACACACACACACACACACACACACACACACACACACACACAUUAUAUUGCUGCAUUUCUUUUUACUGCCAUCAUGAAUGUACACAGAUUGUAUUUUGUCAUUGUAAAUAACUAUUUUUUCAUUAAAACCUUUUCAGAGAUGCUUAUAUAUAUAUAUA